AUGAUUUCCCGCAGGUGGUUCCAUCCAAACAUCAGCGGGAUUGAAGCAGAAAAACUACUCCUAACCAGGGGCAUCCAUGGCAGUUUUUUGGCCCGGCCGAGUAAAAGCAACCCCGGAGAUUUCACUUUAUCGGUCAGGAGGAACGAUGAAGUGACCCACAUCAAAAUCCAAAACACGGGCGAUUAUUAUGACCUCUACGGAGGGGAAAAAUUCGCUACCUUGGCGGAGCUGAUUCAGUACUACACCGAUCAGGAGGGCCUUCUGCGCGAGAAAAACAGCAACACCAUCGAGUUACGGUUUCCACUCAAUUGCCAGGAUCCGACCUCAGAAAGAUGGUAUCACGGCCACCUGACCGGCAAGGAAGCCGAGAAACUCCUCACCGACAAAGCCAGAUCCGGCAGCUUUUUAGUCCGCAGCAGUCAAAGCAAGCCGGGCGACUUCGUCUUGUCCGUUCUGACGAACGAGGACAAAGCCGACACGGGGGACCGGAAACCCCGGGUGACCCACAUCAUGAUCCGCUACCAGCUGGACGGAAAGUACGACGUGGGCGGGGGAGAGCGAUUCGACACGCUGGCCGACUUGGUGGAGCACUACAAGAAAAACCCCAUGGUGGAGAAGUCCGGGGUGGUGGUACACCUGAAACAGAUGUUCUGCUUCUUCUGGGCCAGCAAAUAUUCGGGGAGCAGCGAGCAGGGAUUAAAACUGUAG